GCUCAUUUUCUAUAUGUGCUAGAACUCUUGUGGGCGAGACAUUCGAUUCAUACAGAGCAGCAAAAUGGCCGACCGUCAACCAACUGACUUUCCAGAGCUUUAAAAACGAAUUAUUCUGCACAUUAGCUAGGUUUACGUUAACAUAGUAUUUACAAAUCAAGAGCACCAACGAGUAUUUGUCUUUGUUAGCCACAUACUUCAUUAUUCGUUUAGGUUGUUUUUCAUGUUUCCUCAACUAGGAUUUCGUCCUGAAGCACUUUAGCCACAGCAGAUGAAAGGGGAAAUAAUAUUUGCUUCUUUAGCUAGCUAACACGCCAGCUAUAUUUCAUAUGCGAUUCCUGAGAAAGGAGUAUCAGGAAAGGGAACAGUAGUUCAUGGAAGACAAAAAAAGGAAGAAAGAAGACAAAAGGAAAAGGGAAGCCUCUCAGAAGGUUGCAGAGCAAAAAAACAAAGUGCCAGAAUUGACCAAGCCCUCGUCCACCCAGUCUCCUGCUGCCCCCAGCUCUGCUUCUCCCAGCCCUGGACCCACCCCCUCGGCGUCCCCCUCCCCUGCCACCGCGGCUGCAGGCGUCGCCCCCCCCCAGGGUGGGAACAAUGCGAAGCGGCCGGCGGUGGCCAACGGACAGCCCCCCGCAGCAGGCACCCAGGCCUCCCAGCGCUACAUGCCCCGCGAAGUGCCCCCGCGAUUCCGCUGCCAGCAAGACCACAAAGUGCUACUGAAGAGGGGCCAGCCGCCGCUGUCCUCCAUGCUACUGGGGGGAGGAGGGGGAGACUGCCCCAAUGCAACCAUGGCUGCUGCCUCAGAUUCUAGUCCAGGCUAUGUGGGUCCAGCUGCACCCUCACUGCCCCUCACCUCAUCCUCCUCAUCAAUCGCUGCUUCUUCUACUACUUCUUCCAAUUAUGCAAAUUCCACGUGGGGGGUUGGCUCUGGCAGCCUUCCCUCCUCUCAGGGCAGGGAGAAGGUCAUCGUGGACGGCUCGGACCUGGAGGAAUGGCCUAGCAUUGCCGUUGGCGACGGGAACGGAGCAGGAGGAGGUGAAGCUUCGGGGACAGGAAGUGGUAGUGCUUCGUCGGGUGAGGGCGGUGGUGGAGUGCCGAACAGCAGUGCCUCGUGGAAAGGUGGCGAUCCUGGCAGUCCCCCAUCACCCACUUCCUCGUUCUCAAUGCCCAAUGAAUGUAUGCUGUCCGUCAGUGUGGUGUGGGGAUCUGCUGCCUCACAGGGUCCUCCAGGGGCAUCAUUGCCCUCCAUUCCCAAAGCCUCCCCUCUGCCAGUGGGCCCUGAUGGCUCCCUUGGUGGCAGUGGGGUGAUCCCUGGUGCCAACUUCAACCCAAAUGCCAACCCUUCCGCCUGGCCUGCCCUGGUGCAGCAGGAUGGGGCUGGGGCAGCUUCCUCUGAGGGUGCCCCCCCCCCUUCCCUUCUCCAGAGCCUGGCUGGGUGUCUCUCUGCCCCGGGUCUGGGGAACCCACCUCUAGCUGUGAAUCAAUCUGCUCAUCAGCACCAACUUCACCAAAUGCAAUCCAGAGACAGAGAGCACCCGUCGGAUGGGGGUUGGGGUGGAGCGGCACUGGAGACCGGAGCAGGACCAAAAAACGUGGGGACAGGGGAGGGAGCCGAUACAGACUGUGGGGGAGGAGGCAAUGGUGGAGAGAACCUCGCUGCCUCCCAAACCUCAUCCUCCUCUUGGGGAGGCCAGCCUUUCCCUGCUGCUAACUCCAAAACGGGUGCCUCAAGGACUGAUGGUUGGGAAGGGGGAGCUGCUGAGGGUGGUGGAGGCUCGGGGUGGAAGUACAGCGCGCAGGGGGGUAGUGGAGGGAAAUCAUGGGGCGCUGGAAGUGGGGGUAGCACUCAAACCUCCGGGGUAUCUCAGGGAGGGGUUGCAGGAGUAGAGCGAGGGUCUUCAGUUGGAGACUGGGGAGGUAAUUCAGGUGGGAUGGGUGGAGGUGGAAAUCCAGGAGGGGAGGCUGGUGGUGUUGGAGGCCGCAGCAGUAGCAGCAGCAGCAGUGGGGGCAGCAACCCCCCUGCCGCCUCUUCCUCUCUGACAACAACCACCACUACGACAAGAGCUUGGGACAAUCAGAAGGGGGACGGAGGGGCAGGGGGGGACACAGGGGAGUGGGGGGGGGGCAAGGGCGGUAGAGGAGGAGGUCAUUCAUCCAGCGGUGGGGGAAACUCCAGAGGCAGCGGCAAUCAGCACCACGGGUACGGUCACCACCGGUAUUCCCACCCCCCGCCGCCCAACCCUGACGUGGCCUUACAGGCAAUGCUGAGCCGCAGUGACCUGGACCCGCGCGUCCUCUCCAACACGGGCUGGGGCCAGACCCAGAUCAGACAGAACGUGGCCUGGGACCUAGAACCAGGAAAAGGAGGGUCUGGGUCGUCUGCGUCAUCCCAAAACGCUCCACCUCCCAUAGGUCCAUCUUCUCAAUACUCCACUGGCUCUGCUACAACUACUGAUCCAAUGGCUCCUACCCCUCUCCCUGGCUCAGCUCCCAACCUGAACUCCAACCCUUCCCUGGGGACCCCUGGUGGCUCCGGGGAGGGCUGGGAGAUUGGUAACAACGGCAGCAGUAGUGGCAGCAACUCCAUGCCCAACCAAGGACCACCUCCCCUAGGCUCCAACAUGAGAAACCCUCCUGGCGUCACUCAAUCUGGGUCAAUGACCACUGGAGCGGGUAUGGUAGGAGGCGGUGGCCUUGGACCAGGCCAGGGGAAGCCUACAGGAGGCUGGGGUGGGGUAGGACCAGGGGAGAGUCAAGGAAAAGGAUGGGGGAACGAAGGGUCGGAGUGGGGUGGUGGAAGGGAACGCAGUAGAGGAGGUGGUGGAGGAGGGUGGGGAGAUAAUGGACAACAGGGUAACCAAGGUGGAGGAGGAGUUGGUGGCUGGGGAGGCGGCCAGGAGGAGAAGGGGACAGGAGGAGGAUGGAAGGAGAUGGGGCGGGAUGGAGGAGGGUGGGGUGGGCAGAGGGACAGGGGUGGGGGAGACUGGGGAGAGCCUAAAUCCAGCGGUGGAGGAUGGGGAGAGGAUAGGAAAGGAGGAGGUGGAGGUAACUCCGGUGGGGGAGACUCAGAAGUCGGUACGUGGGGUAGCUGGGACGAGGGAGCCCCGAGGAGAUCUUGGGGGGCAGGAGGUACAGGUGGGGGGGGCGGAGGAGGGGUGGGGGGGGACAUGGGAUGUACCAAACCACACCAGGGGCGUUGGGGGGGAGGUGGGAAGAUGCACCCGUCACCGAUGCCAAACAGCCAGACGGCUUCUGUGAAAGGCGCCAUGGCACCGCAGCAGCAACAACAAUCACAGCCCCAGCAGCCCCCACCGCAACAAGCGCUGGAACCUGGAGGAGGAGGGGGCUGGGUGAGACAACCGGGCCCUCAGCACCAGAACCAAAGCAGCUCGGGCUGGAUUGCCGGACCCAACCCCAGUGGCCCUGGGGGAGGGGAAGGGCCAGAGUCCAGCGGGUGGGAGGAACCGUCACCGCAAUUCAUUAGCCGGAAGAUGGACAUUGACGAUGGGACGUCGGCUUGGGGAGACCCCAGCCAGUUUAAUAACAAGACUGUCAACCUGUGGGAGAAGAAUGGCACUCCCGCUGGUCAUCAGCCAGAAAUGCAGGGGCAGGGAGCAGGACCACCGACCCAACAGCAGCAGGGGCCACCAGCUCUACAGCAGCCUGGACCUGGGCGGCAGCCCACUGGGAUAGGAGGCAGGGACAUCAACUCUGUGCCUGGGAGGCAGCCCACUGGGAUGGGAGGCAGGGACAUCAACCCUGGGAAAGCUCCAGGGAUGGGUCCAUCGUCCGGCUGGGACGGUGGCUCUCCCUCGGACCCCCCGGUGGACAACGGCACUGCAGCCUGGGGGAAACCUAUUGAGACCCCCACCGGCUGGGAAGACCCUGGGAAGACCACCUCUGGCUGGGGAAACCCCUCACCCAACCCCAUCAAAUCUGCAGGUUCAAAGUCUAUGCAAGAAGGAAGCUGGGGUGAGGGUGACCAGGGCUCUGUGGCGGCCUCUCGUCACUCCAGCUGGGAGGAAGAGGAGGAGGGAGGUGGAGGGGUGUGGAGCAGCGCUGGUUCCCAGGGUAGCAACUCUUCCUACAACAGUGGGGGCUGGGGCCAAGGUCACGGGGGCAAGAAGCCCAACAAGGCUCCAUUGAAGAGUGGAGUAGGAGACUCCUGGAUGAACCCCAUGAACAAACAGUUCUCCAACAUGGGGCUCCUGGGUGAUGAUCCUAGCAUGCGGCCUCUGGACCUGGCCCCUGGUCCUCCUCAGGAUAAGAAAAUGGAGGGAGAGAAGCGAGGGAUGGGCCUGAAUGACUACAAUGGAGAGAUGCGUAAAGGAGGGCAGAGAGGAGUGGGAGGAGGAGGGAUGGUCUACCGUUCACCUGGUUCCAAAGAGAUUGGGCCUGGUGACCCUGGGCCUUGUUAUGACAAGCAGCCCUUGCCGUUCACCAAUCAGGAUGGGUGCCUUGGGGAGGAGUACUCUCCACCCACUGUCUACAAGCCCUCCCCCCUCUACAGCCACACUAUCCCCCCUAGACAAGGUGGUCAUAACAUGUUUGGUGGCAGCGGUGGUGGGAUGACCCAGUCCAGACACCAGCCCGGUGUGCCACCCAUCAACACGUCUGCUGGGAUACGAGCGCAUGUGCCUCAUCAGUACCUGUCGCCUCAGGUGCCAGGUUCCAUGCUGAAGCAGGUGGCACCUCCCAGUGCCGGCGUGGGUGGAAUCGGGGGUGUGGGUGGGGUGGCGGGUGUAGGAGGGGGUGUGUUCCCCCCUCAGCUGUCCCCCCAGCACAUCGCCAUGCUGAGUGGCAUCUACCCCCCCCAUAUUCAGUUCCAGCUGGCCUGCCAGCUCCUCCUCCAGCAGCAGCAGAACCCCCAGCAGCUCACCUCACCACAGCAGCUACAACAGCUCCUACAGAACCAGAGAAAGUUCCCCCAGAACCUACGCCAGCAGGCCGACCCACAACAGCUGGCCAGGAUCGUGGCUGUUCUCCAGCAGCAGAGGCAGCAGCAGGGUGUCGGAGGGGGCUCCAAACUAUCACCCUCUGACCUGGGAGGAGGAGGCCCCAAACUGCCUAUGGCCGACUCCCUGCCCCAUCCAGGCAUGGGUGGCUCUGUGGACCUGCACCAGAAAACACAGGGCUACUCUGGCUAUGGUGGAGGAGUGAACCUGUCUGGUCUGGACAUGGGUGGCUCGGUGAUGGGAGGCCCAGGGGGGAUGAAGGACAUGGGGGGGCAGCAGUCCCGCUUCAAAUGGAUGAUGGAGGGUCACUCUCCUGCCCCCUCCCCUCCUGAGAGCCUCAACAAAAACGGUCCUAUGUCCACCCCUAUGAGAAGGGUGGGCUCUCCAUACUCCCAGUAUGACAUGAUGGGAGGGGAGGGGCUAGGCAUGCCCCUCCAGAGGGACAACUGGCAUCGUACUCCUGGGAACAAGAUGGGCUCCAAGCCCCAGGGCACGUCCAGCUGGCCUCCUGAGUUCCAGCCCGGCGUGCCCUGGAAGGGGAUCCAGAGCAUCGACCCUGAGUCUGACCCCUACAUGACCCCAGGGAGCAUGAUGGGAAUCCCUGGGCCGUCCAGCCUCAACGACACCGAGCACCAGUUGCUAAGAGACAACACAGAAGCCAACCCCUCCCUGAACACCUUGCUGCCUUCACCUGGUGCCUGGCCCUACAGUGCCUCAGACAGCCCCCUCAACAACGCACACAACUCGGCAAAGUACACAGAGUACAAGACCAGCUGGCCCCCUGAGCCCAUUGGACACAACAAGAUGUGGAAGACCAAUCGCAACCAACAGUCCCAGCAGCUGUCACGACCACCCCCGGGACUCACCAAUCAGAAGCAGGCCUCGCCGUCCCGUGGCCCGUGGCAGGCCCGUGGCUGGGGCAGCUCGAGCGGGAGCCAGGAAACCAGAUAUGGCCCUGGCUCUGCUUGGAGUGAUGGGGGGACCUCCAGAGGAAGCUGCUGGCUGGUGCUCUGCAAUCUCACUCCACAGAUCGACGGCUCCACCCUCCGUACCAUCUGUAUGCAGCAUGGCCCCCUGCUGACCUUUCACCUCGGCCUGACCCAGGGCAGCGCUCUGAUUCGCUACAGCACCCCACAGGAAGCUGCGAAGGCCCAGAGCGCACUACACAUGUGUGUCCUGGGCAAUACCACCAUCUUGGCCAAGUUUGUGAGCGAGGAAGAGGUUGCUCGCUAUUUUGCACAUUCCCAGGCGGGAGGAGGGGCCAGCGGAAGCCAGGGGGGGCCCACAGGGACAGGUGCAGUGGGGGCCAAUAGCAGCGGAGGGAGUGGAGAGAGGGAACGAGACAGAACCAGAGGAGGAGGAGAUUGCUCUGUCCCUGGAGGAGGAGGCAGCUCGGGGCCCGUCAGCUCUGGCUGGCAGAGUUUGGACAGUACAGGAGGCUGCCUGGAUACUACCCCUGCCCAGGGGCCUGGCCUGAGCAUGUUUGCCCAGUGGAGCAACAAUGGUGCUGGGGUGGCUGGGGGUGGUGAGCCCAGCAGACAGGGUUUGUGGGGAGGGAUGGGGGGUGGAGGGUACCCCAGCAGUAGUAUGUGGGGGUCCCCUGCCAUAGAGGAUCCACACCAGAUGGGGAGUCCUGCUGCUCUGCUGCCUGGAGACCUGUUAGGAGGGGCUGAUUCCAUCUGAAUGACCACACCUAAUACAUGAACCUACACGCGAAUACAGUAUAAAUGUAUUUAUACUGUGUGUACACACCGAAUAAACAUGCACUUACACAUGUUCUCACACACAUAUACAUAAACACACACAGAUGAAAUGACACUAGUCACAAACACGCAGAUCCUCUGACGUUAACUCUCACACAUUGUGUCAUUAAUAGACCGUGACAUGCCAACACUACUCAACAUACAUACAUAUUUUUCCCUUAAAUGAAGACUUCAACAGCAAGACUUGAACAGACCAAGGUGGAAUCCGUUAGACUCACUCAUCUGGAUGACGACUCUUCACCCAUUAACCAGAACUCACUGAGAUCCUAUCAUUCAGGCCUGUAGAGAAACCAACAACGUGACAACACAUGGAGCUCUUCCUAUGUGAUGUGUAACACCUUAUUACAACACCCCUCUACUAUACAAACCUACAGGAUCUUGUUUCCACAGUACCUACCUACCUGGCCCAACCCUUUCUGACUCUCUUUCUCACCAGUUACACACUGCUAUGUCACUGCUAUGAUGUCUAAUGUAUCUUGUUGUAUGUUGGUUAAAUUGUGGAAAAAUCCAAGAUGUCCUUUAUCUCUUUAGUUUUUACUUCAAAAUGCUGACCUCGUUACGUUUUCUUACUCAAUCAAGUCGGUUCUUAUAAUGCCAUGCUGAUGAUGACUGAUCACUUGUUACAAGCUGUACAUGGUGCCCUCCUGCCUGCCUGUGGAACUGUGCAUGAGACGAGUGACGGGAUAGGAGGCGUCUAUGGGUGCGUUUCACAGCUAAGACGAGGUGACGCAACAACCAAUGUUUGCCUGCCACGUCAUCGACUGACAAAUUGUUAUAACAUGAAGUGGUUAGCUGAUACUCAAAAUACCUAUCCAGGCGUAGUAAGAACUGUCAGGCAUAGGAACGCGCCCUGUGUGUGUCGUUGCCCUGGUGAAUUCCUUUUGGCGAUGAGAACAUGAUUAACAAGCACGUGAUGGUGUGUGGGCUGGUGAUGUGUGAUAGAGAAAGUGUGUGUGUGUGUCUGAAAUGCUUAUCCCUUUCAGGGAGGCAAUUGUUUGUGUGACCGCUUACAUCAGGUGUUCUGUGUGUGUGUGUGUGUGGCUGGAAGUUCAACAACAUAGGCACUAAUGCAUAUUUCUCUUAAGUUGUGGUUUUAGCAGCAUUUUUUUUUUGGUCUGAAUUGCAAUAAUCAUUUUUUUUUUUUUUUUUAAGAAGCAACCAACUGAAGGCAUCCAUGUUAAGAUGCCAAAACCUACCAAACCAAGCAGAGCUGGAGCAGUGUUUUGCAAACACUUUAAAGUUACUAAUUGUAAAAUGUUUUGUGUAUCAAUUUAAAUUAAGGUGGGCUUUAUCACUCCUGUUCAGGUUAUUUUAGUUUCUUUUUGGAUUUUACAAAGGAGGACAUUUUAAUUUAAGCAAACAAGAACAAGACAAUAAAGGUUGUAUUAAA